UACCUGUGUCUUGACUCCUGUGAUUCUUUGUGGACCUGGAUUUCCCCCUCCUGUGUUUGUAAUGGUUUUUUGUUUGGAACAAUAUCUUGGACAUUUAAGUUUUGGACUCUUGAAAAGGCUGAUGGCGGGAGAGGCUGAGGAUCAGGGGAUGAGGUUAUAAAAACAACAGUGGAGAAAGGAGGAAGACAAGAAAAAGGAAGCUGAUUGCUUGGAAACUGUUCUUUUGUAUCAUCAUACCCUGCAGUCCUGCAAGACACCGAGUGACCCUGAAGAGGAUUACAAACUGAAAAAUACACUCUAACACCUACCUGCUCACACCUCCCCUCCCCUCACCACCAUGUCCUCCCACCUCCCACCUUUUCUCCUCCUCCCCUUCCUCCUCCUCCUCCUCCUCUCCCCAUCCAUGCCCUCUAAAUCCACUCCUUCCUUCUCCUCCCUCCUCACAUUCUCCCUACCAGAUGGAGGCCUCACACAUUUAGUUGUCCACAACAAAACAGGCGAGGUCUACCUGGGCGCCGUCAACUGGAUCUACAAGCUAUCCAGCAACUUGACCAAGCUACGCAGUCAUGUUACCGGCCCCGUCACGGACAACCCUCGCUGCUACCCUCCCCCUGGCGUCCAGUCCUGCCCGCACGAGUUGAUACAGACCUCUAAUGUCAAUAAACUCCUGCUACUUGAUGCUGCCCACAACCGCUUAAUUGCCUGUGGGAGUACUUCCCAGGGAAUAUGCCAGUUUCUUCGUCUGGAUGAUUUGUUCAAGCUGGGAGAGCCCCACCACCGCAAAGAGCAUUAUCUAUCCAGUGUUGCUGAGGCAGGCACCAUGUCUGGAGUCGUGAUCUCCCCGGAUAUUUUUGGUGGAGGAGGAAAACUUUUUGUUGGCACUCCCAUUGACGGGAAGUCUGAGUACUUUCCAACGCUGUCGAGCCGGAAGUUAAUGUCCAACGAGGAGAACGCUGACAUGUUCAGCUUCGUCUACCAGGAUGAGUUUGUCUCUUCGCAGCUAAAAAUUCCCUCAGACACACUCUCCAAGUUCCCCGCUUUUGACAUCUACUAUAUCUAUGGCUUCAACAGCGAGCAGUUUGUUUAUUAUCUCACCUUGCAGCUCGACACCCAGCUCACCUCACCAGAUGCGAGCAGCGAACAAUUCUUCACCUCUAAAAUUGUCCGCCUCUGUGUCGACGAUCCAAAGUUCUACUCCUACGUCGAGUUCCCUAUCGGUUGCACCAAGGACGGAGUGGAGUACCGCUUGGUUCAGGAUGCUUAUUUAGCUCGGCCAGGGACCCGUCUGGCACGUUCGCUUGGUAUUCAGGAGCAUGAGGAGGUUCUGUUUACUGUAUUCGCCCAGGGUCAGAAGAACAGAGCUAAGCCGCCCAAGGAGUCGGCUUUGUGUCUGUUCACAAUGAGGAGGAUAAAGGAGAAGAUUAAAGAAAGGAUUCAAUCGUGCUACAGAGGAGAGGGGAAACUCUCCCUGCCCUGGCUGCUCAACAAGGAGCUGGCCUGCAUCAACUCGCCGCUACAGAUAGACGAUAACUUCUGUGGCCAGGACUUCAAUCAGCCUCUAGGGGGCACCACUGCCAUCGAGGGAAUCCCGCUUUACGUGGACCAGGACGACGGCAUGACGUCUGUGGCGGCCUAUGAUUAUAGGGGUAACACUGUGGCGUUCACUGGCACCCGCAGCGGACGCAUAAAGAAGAUCCUGGUGAACUCCGUCGUCCAGCCUGCCUUGUUGUAUGAGAGUGUGGAUGUGAGUAACGGGAGCCCCAUCCUGAGAGACAUGCUCUUCAGCCCAGACCAUCAGUACUUAUACGCCCUGACUGAUAAACAGGUCACUCGUGUGCCAGUGGAGAGCUGUGAGCAAUACACCUCCUGUGGAGACUGUCUGGGGUCAGGUGACCCUCACUGUGGCUGGUGUGUGCUCCAUAAUGUGUGUUCAAAGAAAGACCACUGUGACCGAGCAGAGGAGCCUCAACGUUUCACCACCAGAGUGGAGCAGUGUGUCAGACUCUCUGUCCAACCCACCACCAUCUCUGUCACCAUGUCAGAAGUGCAGUUGGUCCUUCAGGCCCAGAAUGUGCCCAGUCUGUCGGCCGGGGUGAACUGCUCCUUUGAGGACUAUGUAGAGACGGAGGGACGGAUCUACAGUGGACGGAUAUUCUGCCUGUCCCCAUCGACCAAAGAUGUGGCCCCCAUCACACGAGACCAAGGUGACCAACGGGUAAUAAAGCUGCAUCUGAAGUCGAAGGAGACGGGGAAGAAGUUUGCCAGUGUGGAUUUGGUCUUCUACAACUGCAGCGUCCACCAAUCGUGCCUGUCGUGUGUUAACGGAAACUUCCCUUGUCACUGGUGCAAAUACCGCCACAUGUGCACGCAGGAUGCCAGCGACUGCUCCUUCCAGGAGGGACGAGUCAACACCUCAGAGGAGUGUCCUCAGAUCCUGCCCUCAACCCAGAUCUACAUCCCUGCUGGAGUCAUGAGACCGAUCACCCUGCUGGCCCAGAACCUGCCCCAGCCUCAGUCCGGUCAGAGGAACUACGAGUGUAUCUUCCACAUCCAGGGCAACACGCACAGUGUCCCAGCUCUGAGGUUCAACAGCACCAGCAUACAGUGUCAGAAGACCACGUAUGACUACGAGGGCAGUGACAUCAGUGACCUGCCAGUCGACCUCUCUGUGGUGUGGAAUGGAAACUUCGUCAUUGACAACCCAUUUGACAUUCAAGCCCACCUGUACAAGUGCAGAGCUCUGCGGGACAGCUGCGGUAUGUGCCUGAAGGCCGACCCCAUGUUUGAAUGUGGUUGGUGCGUCCAGGACAGGAAAUGCUCCCUCAGACAGGAGUGCACCAGUGGAGGAAACUCUCACCUCCAACUGCAGAUGACCGAAAGUGCAGGAUGGAUGCAUGCCACUUCUGGAAACAGCCGCUGCACCCACCCAAAGAUCACUAAGUUGUUCCCAGAGACAGGACCACGCCAAGGUGGGACCAGGGUGACCAUCCUGGGGGAGAAUCUGGGUCUGCAGUUCAGAGACAUCCAGGUGGGAGUCAGGCUGGGCAAGGUGCCCUGCGUUCCCAUUGAGGAGGAGUAUGUGAGCGCCAGAGAGGUAAUGUGUUUACUGAAAGAUGCCACCAGCUACCGUGUCCAAGAGGCCCAGGUGGAGGUGUGUGUGAGGGACUGUGUCAACGACUACCGAGCCCUGUCACCCAGGCCGUUCACCUUCGUGACUCCAUAUUUCACCCGUAUCCAGCCAUCUCAGGGGCCCAUAUCUGGUGGCACCAGGGUCACCAUUGAGGGAAGCUACCUCAACGCAGGCAGCUCUGUGUCUGUCAGUAUCGGACCACUGCCCUGCUACUUCAAAAAGAGAAAUGCCCGUGAGAUAGUGUGCGUUACACCAGCUGGACUAGCACCGGGCAGUUCUUCAGUCUUGGUGGACAUCGAUGACGCUGAGCUCAGAAACCCAGAAGUGAAGUUUAACUACACUGAAGAUCCCACCGUUCUGAGGAUUGAGCCGGACUGGAGCAUUGCCAGUGGUGGAACUCUGCUGACAGUGAGCGGGACCAACCUCGCAACCAUCAGAGAGCCAAAGAUCAGGGCCAAGUACGGGCAGGCAGAAUCCUUUCAUAACUGUACGGUCUACAACAACUCAGUCAUGGUGUGCCUGGCUCCAUCGGUGGCAGAUUCAGAGCUCGGAUUUGCAGAGACCGGCACCGGCCCAGAUGAGAUCGGAUUCUACAUGGACAACGUGAACGCCCUGGUGGUGGUCAACGAGACAUUCAGCUACUACCCUGACCCUGUGUUUGAACCGCUGAGUCCCUCAGGAGUACUGGAGCUCAAACCCACGUCGCCGCUCAUCCUCAAGGGUCGUAACCUGAUCCCAGCAGCUCCAGGAAACAGCCGCCUCAACUACACGGUGCUGAUUGGAGAAACUCCCUGCGUCCUCACCCUGUCUGAGAGCCAGCUGCUGUGUGAAUGGCCGAACCUCACCGGACAGCACAAAGUCACGAUCCGAGCUGGAGGGUUUGAAUACUCCCCCGGCACUCUUCACAUCUACUCAGACAGCCUGCUGACGCUUCCUGCCAUUAUUGGCAUUGGAGGGGGUGGAGGCCUGCUUCUGCUGGUCAUCAUCGCCGUGCUGAUUGCCUAUAAGAGGAAGUCCAGGGACGCUGAUCGCACCCUGAAACGUCUGCAGCUCCAGAUGGACAACCUGGAGUCCCGAGUGGCUCUGGAGUGUAAAGAAGCUUUUGCCGAGCUGCAGACGGACAUCCAUGAACUGACCCAGGAGCUGGAUGGAGCUGGGAUUCCCUUCCUGGACUACCGGACAUACGCGAUGAGGGUCCUGUUCCCGGGUAUCGAAGACCACCCUGUGCUCAAGGAGAUGGAGGUCCAAGCAAACGUUGAGAAAGCACUGACGCUGUUCGGCCAGCUCCUGACCAAGAAACACUUCCUGCUGACAUUCAUACGAACCCUGGAGGCACAAAGGUCUUUCUCAAUGCGGGACAGAGGGAAUGUGGCGUCCCUGAUCAUGACGGCGCUGCAGGGAGAGAUGGAGUACGCCACCGGAGUCCUGAAACAGCUGCUGUCUGACCUGAUCGACAGAAACCUGGAGAGCAAGAACCACCCCAAGCUGCUGCUCAGGAGAACGGAGUCUGUGGCUGAGAAGAUGCUGACUAACUGGUUUACAUUCCUCUUAUACAAGUUCCUCAAGGAGUGUGCCGGGGAGCCUCUGUUCAUGCUUUACUGUGCCAUCAAGCAGCAGAUGGAGAAGGGACCCAUCGACGCCAUCACAGGAGAAGCCCGCUACUCCCUAAGCGAGGACAAGCUCAUCAGGCAACAGAUUGACUACAAAACCCUGACGCUGCACUGUGUAAACCCUGAGAACGAGAACGCCCAAGAGGUGACGGUCAAGUGUUUGAACUGUGACACCAUCACUCAGGUCAAAGAGAAGCUGCUCGACGCCGUCUACAAGGGCAGCCCUUAUUCACAAAGGCCCAAAGCUUCUGAUAUGGACCUGGAAUGGCGUCAGGGUCGGAUGGCAAGAAUCAUCCUGCAAGAUGAAGAUGUCACAACUAAGAUCGACAAUGACUGGAAGAGACUCAACACACUGGCUCACUAUCAGGUAACAGAUGGCUCAGUGAUCGCCCUGGUGCCAAAGCAGAACUCUGCCUAUAACAUCUCCAACUCCUCAACCUUCACCAAGAGCCUCAGCAGAUACGAGAGCAUGCUGAGGACAGCCAGCAGUCCAGACAGUCUACGAUCCCGAACGCCCAUGAUCACUCCGGACCUUGAGAGUGGAACCAAACUGUGGCAUCUGGUGAAGAACCACGACCACACGGAUGUAAGGGAGGGCGACCGAGGCAGCAAGAUGGUCUCUGAGAUCUACCUGACCCGGCUGCUGGCUACAAAAGGUACGUUACAGAAGUUUGUGGACGACCUGUUUGAGACCAUCUUCAGCACAGCCCACAGAGGGAGUGCGCUGCCGUUAGCCAUCAAGUACAUGUUUGACUUUCUCGAUGAGCAGGCCGACAAACACUCCAUCAACGACUACGACGUACGACAUACCUGGAAGAGCAACUGUCUUCCUCUGCGGUUCUGGGUGAACGUCAUCAAGAACCCUCAGUUCGUGUUUGACAUCCAUAAGAACAGCAUCACGGACGCCUGUCUAUCCGUGGUGGCUCAGACCUUCAUGGACUCCUGUUCAACGUCAGAACACAAACUAGGAAAAGACUCGCCAUCGAAUAAGCUCCUCUACGCUAAAGACAUCCCCAACUACAAGAACUGGGUAGAGAGGUACUACUCAGAUAUCUCCCGUAUGCCCGCCAUCAGUGAUCAGGACAUGAGUGCCUACCUAGCAGAGCAGUCCCGCCUGCACCUCAGCCAGUUCAACAGCAUGUCUGCGCUGCAUGAGAUUUACUCCUACAUCACCAAAUACAAAGACGAGAUCCUCUCAGCGUUACAGAAGGAUGAACAGUCGCGCAGACAGCGGCUACGUGGCAAGCUGGAGCAGGUCAUCGACACCAUGGCGCUGGCUAGCUGAGGACCGGCUAAGUGCUAGCCUUGGCUAGGGGAGAACUGGCCAAACCAACACGCCUUUUUUCCUGACAACCUUUGACAUUUUGACCCUUAAUGUUUGAAGUCUGUCGUCAUUCUCACAAACGACAACAAACAGCAGUGAAAAAGAGACUGCUAGGACACGAGCAUCCAGCAGCAGCAGCAGCACACUGAGAGAGACGGAGAAAGCAGAGUUUGGCCUCGCUGGCAAGGUUGCCUUUUUUUUUCUCUCUGAGCCACCAACCCAGCGCCGAACAACCAAAUCAAGACGAUAUGGACCUCAGCUCAGGGGAGCGUUUAUUUUCAUCAAGGCCCUCAUCACAUCCAGAGUCCUACAGGAGCAGCAGUUUAGUGUUUCGCCACAAUCAGGACCAGUAUGUGCACAGUGGUGACCAAAAACUCAUCUUGCUGGAUCCAGAGCUGAAAUACUUCAGGAGAGGAUCAAGCUAGUAACUUUUUACAGCCACGGCUACGGAUCAAACUGUGAGCCAAUGAAACCCAGGAUAUAUUAUGACAUACUUGAUCCCUGUUAGAAAAUUCUCUUUUUUGCUGUCCUCUGCAGUGAGGUCAGAGGUCAGGGACAGCUACAAAGCAGCAGCAGCAGCAGCAGCCAUGGAGCAGGUAGUGGUUCAGCAUGUUGCUCUCAGACUCUUCAGCAGGGCUAUUCUGCCACAGCAGGGCGACCAGAAGGAAAGACUUUGCAGGGAAACUCUUCCUCCAGAACAGACUCUAUUAACAACAACUCCACUGCAGUCUAACAAAGAACGUUUUCAGUUCACAGCUCUACAUUUGAUUUGUAAUCACAUUAGACUCCAUUCCCCCCUCUCGAACUGCCUACUCUCCCCAGUGCUGUGCCACUUGUGUUACUGCUGAAUUUGCACAACAAAGCUAAAUCAAAAGAGAGAAGAGGAUAUAUGAGUAUAUAUAUAGAUAUAUAAAUACAAACUUUUGUUUAAAAACAGUUAAAAAAAUGUUUUGUUUUCCAAUUUAAUGUACAAAGAUAAGAUUUGAGAAGAGGAUUUGAUAUUUCUGGGAUGAAAAACUAUGAAAAUAAGAGGAAAAAGUCGUCCUGUGCCAUGUUUUACUUUGAAUGUUGUUUUAGUGCAAAGAGACUUCUUUUUUGUUACAUGAAAUGUGCUAUGAUGAAAAUGUUUUCAUACUUAGUGAUUGACAGUGAGAGUUUAAAAAUAGGUAAAUGGCAAAAAUAUAAAUAUAUUACAGACACUUAUUAUAUUUCAGGAGGUUUCGAGGCCACAUGUGGCACAUGCUCGGCUCAAAGGUCUUAAAAAAACAAAAUGAUGUCCGGAGCCGACAGACCUUCAGUGCUUUUGUGUUUGUUUUAGAGAAACCAAAUUUAUCUGGUCAGCUGAUUUAGAUAAGCCAGCCUCAUGCUGUGAUAGGAGACAACUAUAGCAGCUCUAAGCGGUCAUUUUAGUUGAACUGUUCAACACAUGCUCUUCAGCGUCUUGAUCUUGUUUUCAAGACUUCCCCUUUUGUGUGAAAAAUUGGAGCCAUCCUAAAUGAAGGCCUUUUAUCGGUGUGCAGAAGACAGUAAACUUUAUUGUUUGAUUUCUGGCUUGUUUUCUGAAGAAGUCUGUGGUUAAAGGAGGUAAAGUGAAAGGUUUAACUCUUGAAAUGUGAAUGUGGUUUCUGAAAAGAUAAUGAAAUGUAGCUCGAUUAAUGUACGUGUUUUUGUACCAGUUGAAGGCCUUUCUCUUUUUUUAUUUAUGAGGUUUUAAACAAUGAUUUUCUUCCUCUUCCUGAUGAUCAUCCUGCAGUGCUUCAUAAACAAGACAUUCCUGUCUCCUGUGUGUGUGAAAAGGGCCCAGGGAUAAUAACAAAGGUGUGAAUAUCCACAAGAAGACUGAAAGAUGUGAAACUAAUCAGGGUAAUACAAACUGUACAUGCUCACCUCUUCUGUUAGAGCCUGUUGUGAAAGUAGAGCACAGCAGUGGACCCAAACACAAUCAGAUCAGUUAGUUAUCAUGCUUCAUUAUACAGAACAAUACAAUAUCAAAAGAAACAGUUCAACUUGCUUAAAGACUAUCUGUUCCUCAGCUUUCAUGGUCCCUGCUCCUCAGAUGUGUGUUACCUAUGGCAGAGUGCAGAGCCUCAAACCAGCUGACACGCUAGAGUCCUAAGCCUCGGCUAAUUCAGAGCGAAUCAAACUCAGCAGGCUCAACAGAAACCAUUCAGGGACUGGCGUUUCUUAAUGGCCUGGUAGGAGUCUUUGAAAUUAUAAAUUAUUAAAACUAUUUGAGUUAUCUUUCUGUUGUUAAGGAUCCUAAACUUCGACCAUUUUAAAAAAGGAGUCUGACCAAUUAUUUUAUUUCCAAACACAGUUUUAUAUUCAUAGGUUUUAGUCCAAUGUAUCAGAGAGAAACUCCCAAAAUAAUCAAUGAGACCUUCUCACAUGCUGUUUUGUUUCAUUAUCGAUCGCCCCAAAUGUGUUUAUUUGGGAGCGAAAGAUAUUCAAGAACUUAAAAAAUCCAGGUUGUUUCAUGGCACAACUACGUCAAGUUUAAAAACACACACACUGUCAACGUUUCGUACAUUUUCCAGAUGAAUGAACCUCCGCCGGUCUGUUCAUCACAUCAUACAUUACUGGAGGAUCUCUGUUCUGAUUGGCGGUUUGAAUGAUUCGUUAAAGACCAGAUUUUUCAAAUCUCGCUAAUGAUCAAUUGAAGCAAGUGGCACAUUGUGCAUCGCCAAUUUCUGUCACAUUUUACUUGCUUCAUACAUGCAUUUAUUGCCACUCAGUCUAUGUGGAAUCCCGUCUUUACAUUGAUUUGUAGAAUAAUGUAUUUGUGUCUGGUCUGAACAACACUACAAUCAGCUCUCAAUAGCUAAGGACGCUCCGUGUAGCUACUUCUGCAGAGUCUGCCAUGUUUCUACAGAAGCCCAGACAGCCCAAACACCAGCUCUAAAGUGUCUCAUGUUUGCAAGUUUUGCAGCCACUCUAGGUUUAAGGAAUACACACUGAGCUGUUAUCAGUUGUAUUCACUCUCACUGCUAUCUGGUCCCUUAAAAUUGUGGUGAAAUACUCAUUUGUUGCUUUGUUUGUGCGCUAAAGAAGAUUUAUCUACAUGUGAGAUCAGAUGCUUUUAAUGCUUCCAAAUGUUAGUGAAGUUAUGCUGACAGUUAGGAUAAAAAAAAACCAAACUGAAUUAUUGUUUUAUGUUAAAGUGCAACUAUAAGGUACGUCACAUACUUGCAGGUGUAGCUACAGCAGUUGAGUUUAAUACUGAGCCAUCAUCCUCGUCUCAAUUUAGAAUUUGACACAAAUAACCAUGAGCAGAUGAACAGCAUAUUCCCACACAGUUUUAAAAAGUAAAAACUAUGAAUCACAGUCUAAAGCAGAUUUUUAAACCCUCCCUUUUUGUUCCUUUGCUUUUAUCUACUCCUGUUAAUUUAAGACAGAUUUAUCGAACCUUGGAGAACGACUUCAUCCUUAUAUUUAAAUAUUAUCCUGUAGUUCUCACCAAGAGGCCAUAUUUUUAUCUGACAGCAUAAACGUGUGUGGACAAAGUGAAUAUAUGUACUUCCAUACUUGAACGUGAUCUACACAGGGUACAACAACACGCAGAGCAGCUGACCAAAGCUUCAUUCCUCACAUUAGGAGGACGACUCUGUCACCAGAGAUUAUCUUUGAUCCAUCUGCUUUUCUGUUCUUCCACUGAAUGAUCUUAGCUCUCAGCUUCAGUCAUUUAAAUCCUCCAUCAAUGAAGGAGUUUACUGUUUGUCUUUGUGCUUGAUGAAUGGUGAAAUUGAGGCGAUGUUACUCCCGUGAUGGAGCUCUCAUUAACACGAUCAGUUCAAUCUGAAUUAAUGACUGAAGCAGUGAAUGGAUGUGGAGCACUGCACUGAUGUUUGACUGCCUCUCACUUGCUCGAUUGUUCUUUUGAUAAAGACUUGUGAAGAUGAUUUCAGUGAUGUGGAAAGAGUAAUGGGGCUUAGAUAGUAAACCCUUGGAUCAUGUUGCAAGAGUAAAAAAAGAAAAGAAACAGAGGAAGAGAGCAGGAAAGGCCUUCUUGGUUUCUGCUGCUUCUGUGUCUUAGCUGUGCUUCUUGUUUUCUGCUUCACCACUUGUUGGGGUAAAAGAUAAAAAAGACUUGUGCAGAGAAGAGGAAGUGCUUUGAAGGCUAUGGUACACUUCAUUUUUCAUUCUGUUGCAUCUGUGGUGUUCGACUUCCACACAGACAAAGACAGCAAAGAAGAAAGGAGGAGGAGGAUGACGAAGAGGAGGGGUAGGGGGAGAGAUUUCCUUUAUGAUUGACCAACACAGAAAAGUUCACUUUGUCUGUUUAGUUUCCUUUUAAAAAAUUAUUGAAUCUACAUAAACUCAAAUUUCAUGACUGACAGAAUAUGUUAAAACAAUUUACAAAUUAAUCUACAUUUUGACAACAAUCACAGGAGAAUUAAGAAAAAUACACAUCGUCUUUCUGAGGGAGAUGAAAGAUUGAAAUUAAUGCCACGCAUAUGUUGUUUACCCUAGCCUAGCAUUACAAAAUAAGCUAAAAGUACAACCUGGCUACCUAUAGUGCAAAAAUUAUGCAAAAUGAUAAUUGUUUGACAUUUAUUUGACCCAACAUACUUAUAAAUGUUUCCAAAAAAAAUGUGGUUUUAGGGGGAUAUCCACAAAUAGUGUGUCCAAUUUAAAGACCUACCUAUGCCUGCACACACAUCUUUCUUUUAUUCUGAGUAAAGCAGGUGUUCCAGGUGAUUUUUGGGUUCAAUCUUAUCAGCAGAGAUGCUGUUCUUAAAAAAUUUUGAAUUGUAGGGUUUUCAAAAAUGGCUGUUGCAGUAGUUUGCGUAUUAAUGCUCGCAUUUAUUGCAUGCAAUUAUUAUUUUCCUCUAUAAUGUUUAUAAUUUACCAACAGCAAACCAACCAAUAAUAGUCAGAAAAGCAUAUUUACAAUCAGACCCAACCAUACAAUAAAAGCGUUAAUCAGAAAAAAACACAUACAGUCCAGAUUUUAAACUUGCAAACGUUUUUUAAAAAUAUGUUUCAGGACUCUGGUCCAUCUUUUUCUUUCUGAAUGCGAUCUCUAAAUUAAAAAAAAUAUGAGCUACGUGGAACUUAUUCUCAGUGUUGCUGCACCGUCCAACACGUCACCUCCUCACCUCUGCACAACCUCAACACUUCCCCUCAUCUGCCAUUUUUGAUCCCCCCCAAAGCAACACUCAAUCGUUUCUCAUCCCUCCAGUCCUCUCCAGCUUCCUCAGCUGCUGCGUUCACUUUGAUUAGAGUACAUUUCAGAGAAGGAGCAAAGGACUUAAAAUACCUUCACACACAGAUUAAAGAGAGGAGAGGUAGAAAGAGAAAAAAAUAUCUUAAAGAGUUUUAAUACUUUAUGAAUUCUGAUACCUUUUUAAGAGUUUCAGACUUGAAGCUGCUGUGACAGGUUUUGGCUGUUUCACGCCUGUGUAAAUAUCCUGCUCUUUCCUAUUUUGCAGAUUUAUUACGUGUAAAUAGACACGCAUCAAGGAGAGAUUAAACAUGUUUUUGCUAAA